AUGAUACAAAGUUGGAUCUUAUCUAUUGUUUAUUCGUUUCUGGAUCAUAUCCCCCCUGUGGCGUGGGAUAUAAUAAAUGUUAUAACAGAUAUUGUGUUAUUUUGGUUUUACAAAUUUUUGAAUUAUAUUCGACCUAAAUCAAGAGUUUUGUAUCAUGAGGCUAUGAAAGGAUUGGAAAGUUGCUACACUUAUGAAGAAUGGUGCGUUAAAGCAACUACAGUCGAUGAGAUUACAGGAGCAAAUUUAUGGAGAAGAAAUUUUUUCUCUAGAAGAUAUGAUUUUAACUCUGUAUUGGAACAAUUCUCAUUGUUACAACAAUAUCUGAAUAAAAAAGAUGUAGAGUCUAUCAAGGAGAAAUUUUCAACAACAGGUCCUUGCAUGUUACGGAAUUUUGCAGGUAUUGUAGAUAAAAGACUUUUCUCAAAAUCUUUAAUGGGGACGAAGCUUUUGAUUGAACAAUACUUAGAAAAUAUCUUAGAAGGCUUGGAGGUUUUAGAUGAAAGUUCUACCCCGACUUCAUAUUUCCAAAGAUGUAAACUGUCUCUUGGAACCACUGUCUUAAUUUUAAAAGGUGGUUCAUUAUUUGGUCUUUUCCAUUUAGGUGUAAUUAAAUGUUUAUUAUAUCAGAAUUUGAUGCCAAAUAUCAUUAGUGGUAGUUCAAUGGGUGCAUGUGUAGCAGGUCUAUUUGGUUGCCUAUCUAACGAAGAAUUAGCACAAUUAUUAAAAGGUGAUCAGAUUUUAAAUAUCAUCAAAUAUGAUAUUGAAUUAUUAAGAAGUUGUGGAUACGGCAAUGUGGAUCAGCAUUUAAACAUUGGUACUUUGAUUCAAAAUUUAGUCCACCAUGGUUAUUCACAAGAUGUUUAUUUAUUCAUACAGUUUGUUAUAAAAUAUGUCGUUAAAGAUACUACAUUUGAGGAAGCUUACCAAAAUACAGGGAAAGUUUUCAAUAUUGUUAUUCAUCCUACUGAUAAGUCAUGUCCAAAUUUAUUGAACUAUGUCACUACACCUAAUGUCCUUAUCAGUUCUGCUAUCAACUGUAGUUUAGGUUCAGGAGUAUUAUCCGAUGAAACUAAGCUGUUAUGUAAAAAUUUGAACAAUGAGAUUAUAUCAUUUUUAUCUGAAGAGAAGACGCAAUCAACCACAUUUUUAGCUCCAGAAAAUGCUAUAGUGGGAAAUGAUUCCGAUAAUCCAUACACCAGAUUAACUGAAUUAUUCAACGUUAACAACUUUAUUGUUUCAUUGGCAAGACCUUAUUUGGCCCCACUAGUUGUCAAUGAUUUAAAGCAUGAAAUUAAAACCUCGAAAUACUAUUAUUACAAGCAUUAUCCAGAUACGCCAAACGCAAUGAUAUUACCCCAAUUGGACUAUACUGAAAUGGAACCUUUAGCUUUCAAAUUUAAGUAUCAUUUGGAAAGAAAAUUAAAGAAUAUAAUUACAAUGGAAUUCAGACAUAGAAUGGAAGUUCUUGAUAACUUAGGGUUACUUUGUCCAUGGAUUAAAAGGUUGAUUAUUGAUGAUAAAACGCCAAGAUCUGCGAUUGAAAUUACAAUAGUUCCUAGAAUUAAGAACUUAUCGGUAACAAGAAUAAUUGAAGGGCAACUGGACAAUAUAAAUUAUUGGAUGAAAUGUGGUGAACAAAAUACAUGGCCCGUCUUACCACUAAUUAAAACAAGAUGUGCUGUCGAAUUUAAACUUGAUCAUAUUAUCAGGGCAAGACGCAAUAAAAUUAAUACUACAUACAUCGGACAAUGA